CAGUUUUAUCCGCAGUUCCUCUGGUUCCUCUCGUGUUUGUAGUUUGACUGCUCUUUAUUUCUAUUUGGAUUUUCCCCAAAAAUUAUAGAAUUCGUGUUCCACCUAAUCAUCAUUAGGCGAUGCGUGAAUAAGUAGACUCAAAAUUGAGGGAAAAAGUGCACAAAAACACUGAUCAAAAUGGGGAUGCUUGCGAAUUUCAAGCAAUCGCUGGUAGUGCAUCUGCUCUUUGCCAUUACUUUCUUCACAUCCGGCCUGAUAAUUAAUUUUUUUCAAUGCAUCUUAUUUUUUGGGCUAAGACCAUUUUCUAAGUACCUUUAUCGCAAGAUAAACUACUACCUCUGUUACUCAUUUUACAGCCAAUUAGUUUUCAUGGCAGAAUGGUGGGCGGACUUAGAAAUUGUUUUGUAUUCUGACAAAGAAGAAUUUAAGAAAUACUACGGAAAGGAACAUGCAUACUGCGUAAUGAACCAUUCAUACGAAAUUGAUUGGCUCGUGGGAUGGGUCUUCUGCGAGCGGAUAAACAUUCUUGGAAAUUGCAAAGCAUACGCAAAAAAGUCCAUCCAGUACGUUCCAACUCUCGGUUGGGCCUGGAAAUUCGCCGAGAGCAUUUUCCUGGAGAGAAGUUGGGAAAAAGACAAGGAAACGAUCGACGUCCAAAUAAAAGAAUUGACCGAUUAUCCAGACCCUAUAUGGUUAUUACUCUUUGCGGAGGGAACGCGUUUCACGCCCGAAAAGUGUGAAGCGAGUAAAAAAUUCGCAAAGGAAAAGGGACUGCCGGAGUUAACAAAUCAUUUGAUGCCACGCACAAGGGGAUUCACUGCAAGUCUUCCUUCGAUGAGGGGAAAAGUGACGGGACUUUAUGAUGUUGAGAUGGCGUUUAAGCCGACUGACCCGGUUAAACCAACUAUGACGAAUCUUCUGAGGGGUAACAAGGUCGAAGCGCACAUGUGCUUAAGGAGAAUUCCGAUGUCGGAUGUACCUGAGGGAGAUGAAGCCGCAGCAGCCUGGCUGCAUGAACUUUAUCAGCGUAAGGAUCGAAUGUUGGCAAGUUUCUACGAAACUGGCGACUAUUUUAAGACGAGCGGAGUUCCGAGACUUGAGGCUUUCAAACUUGAAAGGAGAUACUAUUCCUUGAUUAAUACCGCUUUCUGGGCGGUUGUCAUUCUCGUUCCGAUGUUAUAUUACCUCAUUCGGUUAUUUAUAUCCGGAUCUACGGUCUGCAUCUCAAUAGGAAUUGGAAUUCUAGGUUUAUUUUUGUUCUUGAUGCAAAAAUUAAUCGGAAUGUCCGAAAUUAGUAAGAGUUCAUCCCACUACGGGACUUCUGAGUCCCAAAAGACGAAGUGAAGUUCCAGUCGAGGAGAUGGAAGUAACAGUGAAAAAUUAAUUGCCGCUUAAGUCUUAAAACUCGAUAUUGAUACGGUAACUGUGAAUUUCAUUAACUUUGACACAAAUUAUGGGUGAUUGUUUGAUAUUAUCGCUGAUUCUCACAAAUUAUUUACAAUUAUAUUACAAUUUACCUCAUCAGGAUUGACAGAAGGCUGAUUAAAUUCUGCACAACACAAAUCGUCUACAAUUAUACGUACUUUUUUUUAUUUUACAUUUAUUAUCAGAGGUAAGCGUACUUCCUUUGAGUGUUGACAGUUUUCUUGGCACUUUAUUUUGUACAUAUAACAAUAAUUGUUCUUGUUAAAUAAAUGACUGUUUAACCCCA